AUGGGCAGCAUUCGGCGCAUCAAGACGAAACGGCGUACUCGUGACCUUGACCAAGUCAAGACGGACCUGAAAUCGCCCAGACAUCUACGCCUCCAUCAAAGCACCAAAGCCUCCGAAGAUUUACCAGGUCUAGGUGCUUUCUAUUGUAUCGAGUGUGCCAAGUACUUUUCCGACAGUCAUAACCUGAAUGAGCAUCGGAGGGGAAAGAACCACAAGAGACGGGUGCGCAUGCUCAAGGAAGAUGCCCAUACUCAGAAGCUGGCAGAGGCCGCUGUGGGUCUCGGCGCAGACGAUCGACGGGCUCAGCUCGCACAGAACGAUGUCCAAGCCACUGUUGGUAACGAGACCAUGACAGAUGUUGCACGUUGA